CAGUUUUGAGUUCAUGCCACAAGUUCUCGAUUGGAUUCGCAUCAGGCGAUUUUGGCGGCCAGUCCAACAGUGUGACGUCAUGCUGGCGUAGCCAUUGUCUUGUUGACCGAGACGUGUGGAUUGGCGCGUUGUCCUGCUUAAAGACAGAGUCGUCUCCUAUCAGUGCCGCUGCGUCUGUAAGCAUGUGCUCCUCCAGAACCUGUUGGUACGCCGUGCUGUCCAAGCGACCUUCCAGUUUCACCAGAGACCCCAAACCAUGCCAACACAUCGAUCCCCACACCAUCACACUAGCCGCGUGCUGGACCGUACGAUCACAACAUUCAGGGAGAAAUUCCUCACCUUUGCGACGCCAAACGUACAGAGCACCAUCGUUUCCUAUGAUGACUUUUGACUCAUCUGUAAAAAGAACAGAUUUCCAGUCAUCCAAAGUCCAUAUAUAUGAAAACAAGCAGGUCAAAAAAGAACAGAACUGCUCAGGUUAUGACUCAAGCAGACCAAGAGACGUAUAUCAUCCAGAUUUCAUGGAUGGUCGACCUAGAUAUUUCUGUGUUACAAUCCGUAACUCGUUACAGCCUUCCUAUAUAUUGAAAGCAGCGAUCCGUUUUGGUGCAGCAGCAGAAGCAGCAGAAUUUGAAAAAGAUGCCAGGCAUGAAGCCAAUGUUACCACAGCAGGUGGUCUAUUGUAUCCACUAGUUUUUGAAUCUCUGGGCUUUAUAUCAUCUUUCACUCUAAAGACUUUGAAAGGAAUAUGUUCAAAACAUUAUCAAUCAGUUGGAUACCGUUUCCUCGAGCUUUCAAGAACAUAUUAGAACAGUUGUCUGUAAAGCUAUGGUGCUACAACGCUAAGAUGUUACAUGCACUUAUGCAAUUAGAAGUUUUAGAUGUUCGUAGUUGGGAUUUGCCUACUUGACUUGGGAGAGAUGUUGGGAGGGAUGUUGGGGUAUUGGGGU